AUGGCUGUAUCAGACCCUCUUAAUAUUACUACAAUCUACUUUUCUGCAGAAUUCUCAACAAGCUCAUUAUCAUUACUAAAUGAGUAUAUUGAAUUAAAACAAUUAUAUCCCUCAAUUAAGUUUCUUUUAGUUGAUAUAGAUGAAUGCCCUAGGGCUGCAUAUAAUUAUGAUAUUACAGAUAUUCCAUCUAUAUGUAUAGUAAGAGGAGUGGAUAUAGUUAAUGAAUUGAUAACAAAAAAAGUAAAUGGAAAUAUAUUAAAUAUAAUACAAGAGACCAAAAUUAUUAUUGAAAAAGAACUUCAAAAUUUGAAAAAUUAUACUUGGCCAUCAGAAUAUAUUAGGCAAAUAUUACCUCAAUCAACUGGCUCAAAAAGUGCAUAUUGGCAUCAUAAUAUAGGCUUAGACAAUUCUAAUAUUAUAGAUUUGGGUUGGUUAAGACCAUAA